AGAGAAGAGAGAGUGUGUGUGCAGUCCUCAGAAAGCGCACAGUCGGCAGUCAGCAUCCAUGAACGCAACACAUUGAUCUUUUCUCCUGGAACUUGUCGCUUUGCUCGCUCAGGACGGAUUCUACCAGGAAAGGCCACCAUCCUCUGCUCACCUCCACCAGGCAAGCGCGUCAUGCACCCCGGCUCCAAAGCUUCAGCACAAACUUCCCUGAGGACGACUUGGUAUUUUGGGGAUUUAAAAAGCGUUCCGUGGGUUGUUGAGGAUGACGUCCGGCCGCCGCUCCACCUGCAGACUCCUCGCCGGCUUGCCGCUACUCCUCCUGCUUGUGCUUGGGAUGCCCGCCGCUGCGCUCAUCACAGGCACGGAGGCCAGCUGUGAGAACGAAGGCGAGGUCCUGCACAUCCCCAACAUCACCGACAACCCGUGCAUCACCUGUGUCUGCCUGGAGGGCAAGGCCGACUGCAAGCAGGAGAAAUGUCCGCCAGUGUCCGAAGAUUGCGCCCUGGUGGUCAAACAAAGCGGCGCGUGCUGCGAGAGGUGUAAAGGUUGCAUGUUGGACGGGCGAUCUUACAACAGCUCAGUUUCCUGGACCAGCGCCGUCAAGCCUUGCGUGACUCGGCGCUGUCAGGAGGGCGUCAUCACGGAAGCAGAGGUGCGGUGUGUAGUCCACUGUAAGAAUCCCAAGAUCCAUCCCAAAAAGUGCUGCCCCACCUGCCCCGGUUGCAUCUUCGAGGGCCGUUUGUACAAAGAGAAGGAGGAGUUCAGUCCAGAAGGCAAACCCUGCAUCAAGUGCACAUGCACGGGAGCGCGCACGCUCUGCGUGAAGGAGGCGUGUCCCGUGCUUUCUUGCCCCGCCCACCUCAGUCACACCCCUCCGGGCCAAUGCUGUCCCAAAUGUCUUGGUCAGCGGAAGGUGUUUGAUUUGUCUCAGGGGAGUUGUCUGUUCCACAGCGAGGUCUUUGAGAACGCCACGUCUUUUGCGCACGACAACUGCACCACGUGCACCUGCGAGGACUCCACCGUGGUGUGCCGGAGGCGCUGCUCGCGUCCGGGCGGUUGUCACGGCGACAGCUGCUGCGACAACUGCUUGUCCUACGUGAAGGUGGACGACGUCAAGUACUGCCGAGUACGCAACAAGAUCUACAGGGAAGGAGACAUGUGGUCGUCGGUGAACUGCACGCUGUGCGCGUGCGUGAAAGGCAGCGUGGAGUGCCGGCCCAAACAGUGUGUGCCAAUCACCAGCUGCCCUUCGAACAAGAUUCUGAACCGGACGGGCUGCUGUCCAGUCUGCACUGAAAAGCCCGGCGUGUGCACGGUGUUUGGCGACCCGCACUACAACACCUUCGAUGGGAGAACUUUUAACUUCCAGGGAACGUGUCAGUACGUGUUGACCAGGGACUGCGGCGGCGGUGCUGCUGGCGUCAACGGCGGCGACUCCAGCUUUACGGUGUUGGUGAAGAACGACGCUCGGCGCACCCGCUCCUUCUCCUGGACUCAGUCGGUGGAGGUGCGUCUGGGAGGCCUGGUGCUGGGCCUCCACCAGCACCUGACCGUGCGCAGGAACGGCACCCGUAUCGCGCUGCCCUACCACGGGCCCGGCGUGCACAUCGACCUGGACGGCUACCUCCUCAAGCUCACCACCAUCGCAGGUCUGGAGAUCACCUGGGACGGCGACAGCUUUGUGGAGGUGGUGGCCGCCCCCCACCUGCGGGGGCGCCUCUGCGGCCUGUGCGGCAACUACAACGGCCACAAACGCGACGACACCAUGGGCGGCGACGGCCACUUUAAGUUCGACGUGGACGAGUUCGCCGAGUCGUGGCGCGCGCCGGACGGCAACGAGCUGUGUGCCCAGCCGCCGCAUCGUCGCCCCACCUCCUUCCUCUGUCCCGGCAGCGUCAAGGUCAAAUUCCGCGCCCACCGCGAGUGCCAGAAGAUCAAGUCGUGGGAGUUCCAGAAGUGUCACCGCGUGGUCGACUUUGCCACCUUCUACAGGUCGUGCGUGACGGAUAUGUGCGAGUGUCCGGUGCACAAGAACUGCUACUGCGAGUCGUUCAUCGCCUACAGCCGAGCCUGCGAGCGAGAAGGCGUCCCCGUCCUCUGGAGGCCGGACGCCUCCUGCAUGGCCACGCAAUGCAAGCACGGCGCCGUUUACGACACGUGCGGGCCGGGCUGCACCAAAACCUGUGACAACUGGAACGAGAUCGGCCCGUGCCACAAGCCGUGCGUGGCUGGUUGCCACUGUCCCGCCAACUUGGUGCUUUUCCAGGGACGCUGCAUCAGACCGCUAGCCUGCCCCGGACGGUGACCCCACGUCCCCCCCACAAAAAAAAAAAAAGCAUCUCGGACUUGAGAUGCGGCAAAGGUACUCAGGGUCCAAGGAAUCCCUUUUGAACAAAACACUCAGGAGAGGAAUUUUGCGGGAGGACGUUCUCGUCUCGGAACCUCACGGAACUUUUGGACUCCCCGAGUCGUGCUGAUAGUCUCCGAAGUGGACGAGGAGCUUUUGUACUGGAAGCGGCAUAGAUUUAUUACAAGCUUUUCUACAAUUGUCAUGUGUUGAUACUGUUAAUUUAUAUAGCAAAGGUGGGAGCACAAGCAAGGAGGGUGCAGCUAAGAAACGGUUUACAGUGAACCCCCAGUUGAUUGCAAGGGAUGCGUUCCACAUCCACAAAAAAUGAAUCAUGUGUUGUUAAAUCGUGCAAGGCCUGAUGUCAUGGUAAUUAUUUUUUGUGCUGUAUGUUUUACCAAAAAUGGUCGCUGUGUAGGUGUGUGCAUUCGGGGUUCACUUUAAAGGGACAAAACAAAGAAAAAGCUAUUUAUGUUUAUGUGGUGUGUGUACUUUUGUGUGCCCAAAUGUGACUUGUGUGGUGUCGUUGAAAAGUACUGUAGCGUCUUUGUGGGAUAUGUCCAUGAAAAAACAAACACCUUACCCUCAUUAUUUAAAAACCACAAUAUAAUCUUUUAUCCAAUUUCACGCUGUCCCACUGUCUUUCCUCCAUCAUUCAAAUCACGAACAGGAAGUCGAAUAAACGCUCAUUAAUAGCCACAAGAUGUCGCUACAGAGCCACCAAAGAUGACCAGUUUAUAUAUUGUAUUUGUAUAAAUAAAUGGAUACAGAUGUGUUUAAUUUUUCUCCAAAGACACAAACCAUGAAGACAUUUAUUUAGGUUUUUUAUUUUAGACAACAUUUUCUUCAUACAAUUACAUCAACCUGUUAACUGUCUUCCGGGUUUGGUCACGUGAUCUUUUGCUGACAGCGGAUUGGUCAAUACAGGUUCUGCUCCGUUGAUUGGAAAAGGUGCGCUCAGAGAAAAGUUUUGAACGGAAAAGUUUUCUCAAGCGCGUGUUUGGUGGUUUAUUUGAUUUAUGACAGCAGUUAUUUAAAGAAGAAUCAUUCAUCCGUAAUUUGAUUGACGAACAUACACGACCGAUGUUAUGUUAACCCGUAGGAAGAAAAGGAAGUCAUCCAAAAGUAAGUCAAAUUUUUUCUACAUCUCUCCUUGUGUAAAUGGCAUUUGUGGACAUUAGUAAUCAUUCAGCUUAAAGUAAGAGUACACACAACUUGAACCAGCAGCAAAAAUUCUUUACACCAAUUUUAUUACAUAUAGUACAACAAAAACAAGUGCAGUGCCAAAAUGUCUCGGAUUCUCUCAGCUGUCAUUUUGUACAAAAUGACCACUGAAAUACAAAUUGCAAAAAUACUUUAGCGUGAGAAGUCAAGAACAAGCAAGCAAAUGAUAAGAGGAGCACCAAUAAAGAAAAGAGAUGGAUGUUUUGUUUUUUAUCCGCAUAUGUCAAAUUCCCGUUAAAACUGUAAUGGGCAUAGUGAACGUGAACGUGACCGUGAUAAAAACGCACCUUUCUGCAGUUGUCUGAGGUAAAUAUCUUUUCAAUCUUCUAGCACAUUUCCAAAUAACCAUACUAACUUUAUUUUUUUUCACUGACUCGUUUGAAAAUUUGAUCCUUCAAAUUAUUGAAUGUUCUUUUUUAACAUUCCUUAACUAAAUGGUUGAAUUUAAUAAAGUCUUCCAUUUUUUUUAACUGAGAACAGUGGUUAACAUUUUUACAAAGACUACAAAGUGUUCCUAAACAAAAUGAACAAAUUCCCUUUCCAAAAUGUUUUCAAUUAAAAGCCUAAAACUAGAGA